UCUCGGACCGUGAACAGCCCCCCUUCUAGCUCAUCUCACCAGGAGCCGCUCGGCACGCGGCCGCCGGCGCUACCGACCACUGACUCCCGCUACUCUUUCCGCCACCACUCACCGUCCGAUCCCCACCUCCCCUCUUCGCCGAGAAACCAAGCACGCCACUGUGUCAGUUGACGGGAGAUCCUAUCCCGCGCGGCGAAAUCAGACAAAGAUCUGCACGUUCCCCUCCCGCCAGGGGAAGACCUAGACUGGACUACAGCCAUGGAGUCGUCAGCUAAGGAAGAUGCGCAGCCGAAGCCGCGCCUCAUCGUCCGCCUUGGGAGGCUCCUCGCUUCUCACCACAUCCUCUUCAGUGCGUUGUGCUGUUCCGCGGGGAUUAUCGCACUCCUUUUCCUCCCAGCACUUGCAAAGAACACAUACCUCUCAGAGAACGCUCUUAUACCUGGCUCCGCAAAUCCAUUAUUUUCCACUGAAGAUGUCGCGGAAGCAAACAAAUUUAUCAAAGGAAUUGAAGCUGCAGCUGGGGAAUCAAGAGAUGGAAUGGGAAUGCCAAAAUUCAUAGUGCAACAAAUGAAAGAGCUGGGUGCGGAAGUGUGUUACCAUGAAUUCCUCCCUCAUAGCAAGCAUUUUCAUCCUCUGAAGUUCUUCACUUCCAUGACAAACGAUUUGGCAAUACAUCCUAAUGGCACCUACACAAACUCUGGAACAAAUACAAUUGGCAUUAUACGAGCUCCUAGAGGUGAUGGGAAAGAAGCAAUAGUAUUGGUUACUCCUUAUAAUUCUCAGAGAGUUAAGGAAAAUGAACUAUUAUCACUCGCACUUGGUUUCUCUGUCUUCUCCCUCUUAAGUAGAGCUGAGUGGCUGUCAAAGGAUAUUGUGUGGUUAUCCGCAGACUCACAAUUUGGAGAAUACACUGCAGUCUCUGCAUGGUUAAGCCAAUACCAUAAUCCUACAUUUGUGGCUGGUGUUACGAAUGGACCUGAUGGUAUUGCAGAAAAGGCCGAAACUACGGAUUUCAAACGUGCUGGAACAAUGGCUGCUGCUCUCAUAUUUAAAGUUGGGGAAACUAGGAAUUAUGGCGAUAGAGAUAGUGUAACAAUGUAUGCAGAGGCAUCUAAUGGCCAAAUGCCAAACUUGGACCUCCUGAAUGUGGUGCAUUAUUUAGCUGUUCAUAGACAAGGUUUCCGUGUGAACAUCGAGAGGAUUAGCUCUUUAGUGACUUCUGCAUGGCUUAGGGUUAUUGCUGAAGUAAUUCAAACUGUUGGGAGUUUGUUGAGAAAAAUAAACCCGGACUGGAAACUUGAUAUUGCAGCCCCUGAUUAUGUGGAGGGUACUGCAAACCUUGCUAGCUCUAUUUAUAACCAGGCUCUUGGAGUGCCCACCGGAUCUCAUGGCGCGUUCCGUGACUACCAAGUUGAUGCAGUUUCUUUAGAAUUUUCACCAACAUUUCAUCUCAGAAAUGAGAAUGCUAAAUCUUCCUUUCUUGUAAGGGGUGGAAGGUUAAUUGAAGGCGUGGUACGAUCUGUGAAUAAUCUGCUUGAGAAAUUCCAUCAGUCGUUUUUCCUAUAUUUACUUACAGCGCCAAGCAAGUUCAUUUCGGUUGGUGUGUAUAUGAUUCCUUUUGCACUGCUCGUGGUACCUCUCCCAAUAGUUGCCGCCGCUCUUGCUGAUGGAGGUAAAACUGAGGGAAAAUCAAUGAAUGACCACAAUAUGAAGGGUAGUGCUGAUAUUCUGCAAGUUGAUGGUGGAGCAUGGAAAUGGCUUCAAUCUGCAAGAGUAUUGCUUGUUAUCCAAAUUUGGGCUGUGAUUGUUUCACUGCUACCACACUACAUUAGUCAAAUUGCUGAUGGUACACCAAUACAAAGUGCAGUGAUUUGGGUGGUGCUCUCCAUUAUUGUGUUGAUCAUCCUGUACGCCAUGUUAGGCUCACCAUACUCUGCUGGGGUGGAAUGGAAACUUUUGAAGGCCACGAUGAUCACUUCCAUCUCAAUAGGACUGGGGCUGAUGUCAAUAAUAAAUUUCGCUACUGCUCAGCUUGGUUCCCUGAUUGUGAUCCCAAUGUGUCUGUUUUCUCGACCGGUGAAAGCACGACUUGGUAUGAAUUUCCUCCCACGGACAGUAUUGUUGGCGUCAAAUAUAUUUCUUGCCAUCUUUGGUUUCCCUCCAGUCACAUUGUUGGUUAUGAAAGGGCUUUCCAAGGGGACCUGGACAGUAGACAUUGGAGAUUUCUGGGUGUCCAUGGAGUUCUUGUGGGAAUGGAGUAGCGCCACAUAUCUUUACAUAUUUCUUGUUCAUCUUCCCUGCUGGCUUUUGUGCAUCCAUGUGCUGGUGCAUCCAUGCCGUCAGGCAGGAUCGAAGGUUAAGCGGGAGUAGAUUGUUUGAUCUCAGGAAUUGUUUGUAGGUUUAAAAUCAAAAGAGCAGUGUAACAGAUGUCUCAGUUUAUGUGUUAUUUUUAAGAAUUGUUUGUUUUCUGAGAUCGAGAAGACCCACGAAGAGAAAAUUGGUCGUCUUACCUUCUUACCUUUGUAAAAUCAACGUGAAAGAUUGUUGUGCACAAGCAGGUAGUCCAGUGAUAUGUAUAAAGGAAAAUAUAAUGGCCAGCGGCCCUUUUUGCUACACA